ACGAGAAACAAAUCUAAUAUCGUCUCUUCAGUUUCUUUUCGUUAAAUGAUAGAGACAGCUCAAUGUGUGUCUCUCGGAAUUGAAUACAGAUUUUGCAAUGAAACUGGAACAUGGAAUGUCAAUACGCGUAUGUAUAAAAGGUGAUUUGGUACGUUCGAAGCAUAUCCGUCUAUAAUGCCAGAGUUCGAUAUUCCUCCUGAUGAGGGGAAAAAAGGAAGAAAAUGCCGCGCGCUUCGUAGGGAAAGGCAAAGAGAGAAAGGAAGGAGGACGAGAGAGAAAAAAAAGAGAGAAAAAGAGAAAGAAAAAUGGAAAAAAAAAUUUGACGCCGAUCAUCUCGCGCGGUAAAGCAGAGUUCUAUAUAUCCCGUCACUCGAAUAAAAACUAUCGCGCGUGGAUAUCGAUCCGGUACAAAACGCGGGACGACGGCGAUGUACGUACAUUUUCGUGUGCGUGGUGCGUGCGUGCGUGGUGCGUGUGCGCGCGCGGGCGCACGAACAAAAUGUCGCCCCAACCCAUAUACCCACCAUAAUUAGUGCCGCGUUGAUAGGAAGCGAGGAACGGAGGGGAUGGAAAACCGGCGGGGGGAGGGACGAGGAGAGCGAAAAAUACGAUUGAAAGGCGGGUUAGCGAAAAGGAGAGGUGGAGGAGAAAGAAAUAAAGCAGGAGGGAGGGGGGAUGCAGGGAAGGGCGAACAACUGUGCCAGGGGGACGGCUGACAACAUGGAUCUCUUUCCUUUUUUCUCUCUCUCUCUCUCCCUCUUAUGGCAAUAUAUAACGGGCGAAUGUGUUGUAACAAUAAUAAAUAACAAUAACACGAUAUUCAAGAAGCGCGCGAUUCCGCGUGCGUGAGGAGAGAGAACACGUUUCUUCGUCGAAACGAGAGGAAAGAAAGAGAGAGAGAGAGAGACGCCGGGAAUCAAGGCGAUAAUAAAACGGCACGCACGCACGCACGUAAGCACGCACGUAUCCGGUCCGCAGUCCGUCCCUCGUGCGAAUCCGGGGCGGCGGUGUUAUAGCGCCGACAUAUUGAAUUACAAAAUUAAGCACCGUUCGGAGAAACGACGGGACGGGUAGAGCGAGACGAAACGGACGGAGAAAGGGACGCGGCGACCGGAGAGGGUAAGGGAGAUAGAACAUGCGGACGUGUAUCGAGCAAAACGCGUCGCGACGACACGGGGAUACUGAUCGGGAACGUAAGCGAGUAAUUUUUCACGUAUCAUGCACGGAAAGCGUAACGAGGGAAGUGUGUAAACUCAAGACAAGACGACUACUACUAUUACUAUUACUACUACUACUACAACGACGCCACCACGAAUCGAGGGAAGCCUCGGCCACGGACAUCUUGCUUUAUUCAGGAUAAACUUAUUGUAAAGAAAUAAAAACGAUGCGAAACACUUUAACAAGCAUCGUGCUUCGACGAUGCAACAACAUUAUUCGAUGUCCACGGAAUAUCGCGGGCACGCAUCGAUACUAUUCAACGAAGCCCGAAUUAACGUCAAUCAGAUACAAAAUGCAACGCGGACCUUACAACACGAUCUCGACCACGGACAUUCGUUUCUUCGAUUCAUUGCUGGGUCCUAAUCGUCUUAUCACGGAUCCAGAUGAGUGCGAGAGUUAUAACAUAGAUUUUCCAAGUACCGUCAGAGGUGCCAGUCGAUGUGUGCUUAAGCCAAAAUCUACCGAGGAAGUUUCUGCUAUAUUGAAAUAUUGCAACACCAGGCGAUUAGCGGUUGUUCCACAAAGCGGAAAUACUGGUCUAGUUGGAGGUAGCAAUCCGGUCUUCGACGAGAUCGUGAUCUCCAUGAAGUCUAUGAAUAAGAUCCUGGAUACGAAUGAAUUGGCGGGUGUAUUGACGUGCGAAGCUGGCUGCGUUCUCGAGAAUUUGGAGAAUCAUUUGACCACGGUCGGGUUGAUGAUGCCUUUGGAUCUUGGAGCUAAAGGCAGCUGCUUAAUUGGUGGAUGCGUCUCCACUAAUGCGGGGGGACUGCGCCUGCUACGUUAUGGUAAUCUUCACGGCAAUAUCUUGGGAGUCGAAGCAGUAAAAGCAAACGGUGACGUUGUAGAUGCACUGAAUACGCUAAAGAAGAAUAAUACUGGAUAUCACCUUAAACAUUUGUUUAUUGGAUCCGAAGGUACAUUGGGGAUUGUAACAAAAGUAGUUAUACAGUGUCCACCUUUGCCAAAAGCUGUACACCUUGCAUUUCUAGGAUUGGCUAGCUUUGAUAAAGUAUUGAAAACAUAUCAUUUAGCAAAGCGCGAACUAGGAGAGAUUUUGUCCUCCUGUGAAAUGAUGGAUCGAUUAUCUAUAGACGUCUCCAUUAACAAUCUGGACAUGAAAAAUCCUUUGACAAGUUAUGAGAAUGGUCACGAAUUUUACAUGCUUAUUGAAACUUCUGGUAGUCAUUUGGCCCAUGAUGAGGAGAAACUCUCCUCUUUUGUGGAGAAAGCAAUGAAUAAUGAUAUCAUUGAAGAUGGCACUUUGACUAAUGAAACAGCAAAAAUUAAUAAUAUAUGGGGACUUAGAGAAAGAAUCAGCGAGGGCGUUCUGCGUGAUGGUUAUGUCUUCAAGUAUGAUAUUUCCUUACCUUUUACAUCGUUUUACAAAGUCGUCGAGGUGCUUCGAGACCGAUUACGCGAUCCUCGCAUUAUUAGAAUUAGUGGUUAUGGCCAUUUAGGGGAUGGAAAUAUCCAUGUACAGGUUUCUAUACCAGAAUAUUAUGUGGAUGUAGCUGCACAAUUGGAGCCAUUUAUCUUUGAAUAUGUAUCACAAUGCCAGGGUAGCAUUAGCGCUGAACAUGGCAUUGGUUUCAAGAAGACUAAAUAUCUUCAUAUGAGUAAAACCUCUUCUGAGAUUGCAAUGAUGUAUGAUUUGAAGAAACUGAUGGAUCCAAAUGGCAUUUUGAAUCCAUAUAAAGUUUUAAUGCCAGUUACAACAGAAUUACAAUCCUAAAAAUAAUCUCUAAGCAAAAUGAUGUAUAUUCAAUGUGCCAUUUAAAUAAAAUAGAUAGAAAAUGUAGUGAAAGCUGCAUGGAUUAUCUAUAUAAUCGUUUUCAAGAAAUCUCUCAUCUCGAGGGAUUUUUUUAUAUAUAUUGAAUAAU